AUAUUAUGCCCUUACCCGAAAUCGUCGUCAGUUCGACUCAGGCCGCCGCGAAGCCAGGCUGCACGCCUCUUUUCAGUCACAACAACACGCCAGCCCGUAACCAUGGUAACCAUAAGCUCGCCUAAAGGAGAGAUAAAAAUUUGAUAACUAAUUGCCAGUUCGCGCGCGCAGAACCGUGAAUGUUCAAAGUCUACGUAAAAUGUUAUGGUGGAAACAACUUGAAAGAGCACAAUACAACGCAAUGAUGGUCAAAAUGGAAGAACAAAGGAAGCAAGAGUACAUAGACAGUACUACGGUGACAUUAUCACUCCCGAUCCCCAGUAUUAGAGACCCGGUAUUGGAAGACAAUUUGCUAAUAGCCAAUUUAGAGCAAGUUAAAUCGCUACAAGCAUCCCUAUUUCCUAUUUGCAAUAAAGGAACGUUUAUAUCAAACUUUCUUCAAAACAACAUCAAGACCAAUCAAUUCGAAGUGAGCACUGACGCAAAGACGUUCCGGACUACGGCGAAGCUUAAGGAGCCUCGGGAUUUGUUCGCACUGCCUAAGGAACUGGACUGUCCUCAACAAGCGCCUAGGUGGCCCUCGGAAUGUCAAGUAGUGGAGGAAAGGAUACAACACAUAUCAUGGAGUGCGGCGUGUCCGGAACCCUACUACAAUGCCACGGGGAAGGAACUGCGACCACAACCAGUCGGUGAAGAAGCUGGGACAGUCAUCUUCCAGUAUUACCCGAUGAGCGCCGUGAAUUAUUUUAGUAGAUCUACCGUGGGUGGUUCCCGACUGUUCAUAUCAGCUUGUGCCAGUGCUGGUGGUGAUGAUGAAUUACGAUUUGAAUCGCGAUUCGAAAGUGGGAACCUAGCAAAAGCAGUGAAAAUUACAUCUUCGUAUUACGAACUUCACCUCCGUACCGAUCUCUACACGAAUAGGCAUAUGCAAUGGUUUUAUUUUAAAGUGACAAACACGAAAAAGCAAAUGAUGUACAGGUUUUCUAUAGUAAACUUGUCGAAGGCGGAAAGCUUAUACAACGAAGGCAUGCGACCUUUACUGUACUCCACAAAAGACGCAAACCUACAUUCGAUUGGUUGGAGGCGGUGCGGCGAUAACAUAGCGUAUUACAAGAAUGACCCUACAUGCGAAGAAGAGGAACAAUUCCCGAACUACACCUUAACGUUUAACAUAGAAUUUCCUCAUGCGGAUGACGCGGUGUACAUCGCCCACUGCUACCCGUACACGUACUCCGAUCUACAGGAAUAUUUAUCGAGAUUACAGUCACAUCCAGUCAAAUCUACUUUCUCUAAACUGAGACUACUUUGUCGAACUUUGGCUGGAAAUAAUGUAUACUAUCUUACCAUAACUGCACCUCCAAAUUCCAACGAAAUGGAGCCAAAGAAAAAGAAGGCAGUUGUUAUAACAGGGAGAGUGCAUCCCGGAGAAACUCCAUCGUCAUGGAUGAUGAAAGGUUUUAUAGAUUACUUAACCGGUGAUUCAAACCAAGCACGCGAGUUGCGGGAAAAGUUUAUAUUCAAACUAGUGCCAAUGUUGAACCCGGAUGGCGUAAUCGUGGGUAAUAAUCGCUGUUCAUUGACCGGAAAGGAUUUGAACAGACAAUAUCGGACCGUUAUACGAGAAACAUAUCCACCUGUCUGGCAUACAAAACUGAUGAUUCGGAGAUUGCAGGAGGAAUGUGGUGUCGCGAUGUACUUGGAUUUACAUGCGCAUUCUCGAAAACACAAUAUAUUUAUUUACGGCUGUGAGAGUAGAAGAAAUUCGGAUAGAAGGUUACAAGAACAAGUUUUUCCCUUGAUGUUACACAAAAACGCUGCUGACAAGUUCUCCUUUGAAAAUUGCAAAUUUAGAAUCCAACGAAGUAAAGAAGGAACUGGUAGAGUAGUUGUGUGGAUGCUCGGUGUAGCAAACAGUUACACGAUGGAGGCAUCUUUCGGGGGAUCGGAGCUAGGCAGCAGGAUGUCGACGCACUUCUCGGUUCAAGAUUACGAGAGUUUGGGACGAACGUUUUGUGAAACUUUACUCGACUUUUACGACGAAAACCCGAGUAAAGAAAGGCUGAGGACGAAAAUUGUAACAAGGCUGUUGAAAGAAGGGUCAAAUGCUGACGAACCAACAAAUAUUGAUUUGUCUGAUUACUCCAGUGACGAGGGAGACACAUCCAGUAGUAGUUCAGAAUCCGGUGCUAUAAGAAGACCACUAGAGGUACUGCAGCCUGCACCACCAUCCUCUCCCAUUUUGCCCAAUAUCCACAGAGAUAUUAGUGAUGUGAGUAUAGAGCACAGAAUGCCCUCUUACUUGGAUCUAGGAUCUUACAAAAUACAAAAUGAUCCUCAUUUGCAGCAACCGAGAAAACAAAGAAUGAAAUUGGAGAAAAUUAACAGGAUCGAAAAGAAGAAAACUAAGCGAGAAAUUUUGCAGGUUUCAAGAGCGACAAUUGAUUUGACAUCAGAUGCAAUGACAGACGGGUCCUCGGAUGCUGAAUCAUGUGAUGAAAAUCUCAGUCCAAUACGAAGAGCUCAUAAACUCCUGCAUUCCACCAAAUCUAAACCUAGGAGGAAGAAGAAGAUGCCGCCAGAGCUGAAAAUUAUACCGGCACCGACAAGUGAUUCUCCAUAUCAAUCGGACAAGGAGAAGAAAACUCCUCUAGGUAGGCGACCACGCAGCGUAUCUAUGUUUAAUGAACCUACAGAGAAGCCAAGAUUAAUCCCCUCUUCGUGGCACCAAUUUAGACGAUUGCCUCCUCCAAAGUUUCUAUCAGACAGUAAGAUCAGAAACUUGCAGCCCGCAGAACUACAGGUGAAACUGAAUGUGUUGAAGAGAAAUGUUUGGACCGGUGUUCCGGCUGAAGAAAAGGGGCCCCUGUCCUGGGGUAUCUCUAGCUUUGCCAUGAACUCUUACUUCACAGACAGUGAGGCUUUGUUACGGUCCUGUUCAAAAAAACUGGAGGAAAUUGAAGGAGAAAGAAAAAAGAGUAAAAACGACAAGAAAAAGAAAAAAACUAAGACCAAAAAGAUUUCUCUUAAAGUGCCAAAUCCUGGAGAUGAAGCGACGGAGUCUGCUGGUAAAUCACCUAAAAGUUGGAAGAAAAAGGGAAAGCUAAAACAUACUAAAUCAGAGGGAUCUUCAUAUAUGAAUAAUCCAAGUUUUACUGAUAUACCUCGGAACACACAACAGCCUUCACAAAAAUGUAACAAUCCUGAGAAACAAGCAAGGUCCAGAUUUAGAAAAGGUGCCUUUGUGACAACAGCCAUCCAGAGCAAAAAGAAUAACAAAAUGAAUAACUUGACAUUAUCAGACAACUCUGAUACUGACAAUUCCAAUCAAUCAACAAAGAAAGUAAAGAAAAAAUCAAAGACAGCAAAACCUAGGCUACGUAAAGCUGCAACAGAGAUUAAGACUAGUAAAAACUGAAUUUUAGUACAUGCAUGUGUAUAG